AUAGAAUAUAGGAGGCUAGUAGGAGCGUGCGAGAGUGAGGUAGAGAAAUAAAAGAGUGGCAUUAUAUCAAACACCUACCCGACCACUUCAUUUGUCAGCGUAUCUGACAAAAUCACAGCCACUGCGCCCAAUCUCUAGUGCUUGCGGUGCUUGGAUCAUUUGCGGGUUUAAAUAUGCAAAUCAUAAGGAAAUCUAUCUUGAAUCAAGUGAAUUUGAGGAGGUCAGCUGAAAGAUGGCUUUUGGCUCGGGAUGAAGGUCCGAAUAUGCAAUUGAGAUAUUGGUGCUCUGCAACAGCUGCCAGUUCUGAUCAAAUACUGGACCGAGUAAUUGCACUGGCCAAGAAGUAUGAUAAAAUCAAUGCCUCAAAGGUUACUGAAACAGCUGAUUUUCAAAAGGACUUGAACAUGGACAGCUUGGAUCGAGUGGAACUCAUCAUGGCCCUUGAAGAAGAAUUUUCUAUUGAAAUUCCUGAUGAGCAUGCUGAUAAGCUUGCUUGCUGUGCUGAUGUGGCGAAAUACAUAGCAGAGUUUGAUCAGAAAAACGUGGAAAAGCCCUAAUUUCCUAGCAAUGUUUUGAGAUAUACAUUCCAGUUUUUUUGGCUGAUCUCUUUUGCGUCAGCUUAGUUACAUUUAUGCAUACUAUCUACAAUUUGCUUUA